AUGGCUCUGCGAGUCCCAACCCGUCCAGGGAAGAUGGGACAGGACGGAUGCCCGCCCCUGGAGGCAGUCCGCGGGACCGCAGGCUGGAGGCGCGCCGGCGUGAUUCCGACAGCGGGAGCCGGGAGGAGGAGUAGGAGGAGGCUGCGGGGGACUCCGGCCCAGGCGAAGGAAGGGCAAGAGGCUGCAUUCCCAUCCUCCGGCAGAACAGCAGAGAAUCGCCAAGUUGACCCCUCUCAUCCAUUGGCCGAGAAGAGAGGGUGUUUCAGGACCCAGGGAUGGGCGGGAAGAAACCAUGGGGAGCCACAAGUCUGCACCCAGGCGGGGAGGAGGCGGGCGGGCGCCGCUCCGCAGGCGCAGGGUCCGCCACAAGCCCGCAUCUUCCUAGUAACACCCAGGGCGCAGGGGCAGAGGGCAGGGGACUGCGGAUCCGUCCCUGAAGCGGGACGCGAACCGGCAGAGUUGGGAGAAGAGCCUCCAAGCCCAGGAGCCGAGCAUGCUGCCCCCGCGUGCAGCGCCCGCGUGCACCGGGCCGGGAGAGGGGGCGACAGGGCGGAGGCGGUGGCCCCCGGAAGGUGUCUGGGACCGGACCGGCUGCACGUGAGCCCAGCGCGAGGUCAUGUGCACCGGCUCAGCCCGGUUCGCCGCCCGGACGUGCUGCGUAUCAACAAAAUGAAACUCGGGGAGGCAGGAGGGCAGAUAGCUCCCGGUUCUCAGAGCCCCCGCCCCGGCCACUCAACCUCCCCACCGGACUCAUCUUCCGCUGCAGCCCCUAAGCCCGGCCGGAGCCCGCGGGGCAAGUUGCAGCCCUGGCGCGCCCCCGCCCUCCCGCGCCCCCUCCGACCCGGGGGCGCUUUGCCGCAGUCAUUAAUAAAGAAGGUCGCCAAGCUCACCCUUCCAAAAGUUGUUGCUGCAUGCGCCCCUCUCAGCCUCCCUGCACUGUACUCUUUAAAACACGACUGA